UUGAUUGGUUGUGGCGUUCAUUACCACUGGUUUGCUUUCACGCUGAAGAAUUCAAUUUGAAUCGUGGAUCGAUUGAGCAAGUCCAUAUUUACUUUUCUGGCGCAGAUGGGGACCCGGACCAGCUUUAGUGUGCAGGUUUCUGAAGAGACUUGUUCAGAACCUCGGCUCACUAUAGUGGCUAGUGCCCUCUAGCGGUUUUACUGAGGAAAGGCGUCGGUGCGUACAAUGGGACUCCCCGCAACAAGACGGGACGGCAACCGCCAGACAGACCGACACCCCUGAGGAGCCCAUGCAGCUGGAUGCAGCCGGGGUGCAGCAGAAAAGAGGAGAAGAAAGAAGAGGCAACAGUAUGUUUCAGGGAGAAGGGGCCCUACCAAGCCACUGAACAGAUCAGUCUUGAAUGAAGCCAUCUUAAAGACUUCAAAUUACAAUCGCAGCAUCACUUACAUUUACGUGACCACAAAAUAUUCACUGUUUACUAUAGCCAUUGAACACUAAUAUUUGUGUCAUUCUCUGAACUGCAGUAGAGGCAAUACAAAAGGCGCUGACAUGGCUUCUGCUCAUCCUGAGACACUUCAUGUCCUCACCUGGAAUGUAAACGGCCUACCAACUGCAUUACAUCCGAACAAAAGGGUAGAUCCAGAGACUAAUGAACAUCUAUUCUCAAAAAUAAUUAAAGAUGCACAUGUUGUGUUGUUACAAGAGACUCAUAUUGGCAAGAAAAAUGAAAAUGUUAUCCAGAAGCUUUCAUCCAACUGGCACUUGCAUUACACAGUGUAUAAUACAAAACAAAGAGGAGUUGCUAUAUUGGUGAACAAGAAACUCCAGUUCCUGGUAUUAGAGGAGUUUAAACACAGUGAUGGAGAAUACAUAGUCCUCCAAUGUGAAAUAGAAGGUCAGACGUACAUUUUGGUGAGUGUUUACAACCAUAGCUCUGACAAAAGACUUCUCAGUGGACUUUCUGAUCAUCUACAGCAAUACACCACAGGAGUCUUAGUGAUUGGAGGAGACUUCAACACUGUGCUAAACCCAUAUAUGGACAAACAGUAUGCAACAGUAUCAAAAAAUCAUUCAGCAUUACUGCCUAGCCUAAAGAAGUUCAUGAGGGCUCAUCAGCUAGUAGAUGUCUGGAGAAGGUCUACAAAAAUCAAAUGCUUCUACACUUUCUACAGGAACAAUAGCAACUCAAGAAUUGAUUACUUCUUCUUGCCAGAAGAGUGUGUUUGGCGUGUGAAGAGAUGUGAAAUAAAUGACGUACCCUCUGAUGACCAUCUGCCCAUCAGUCUUUAUUUGAACUCAGAAGACAGUGCAGCCAACAUACCCCUAAACCCUAUAGUCAGAGCCCGACCCUGGGAAGAAUCGAUUCUGUGGAUGAUUACGAGUAGAGAGAUUGAAGAGGCCAUCAAGUCUCUACAAGUGUCUGACACACCAAGGCCUAAUGGAAGACCUGUAUCCUAUUACAAACAGCGAUCCCCUGAAGUCAUCCAGGAGCUGAUAGGCACCUAUCACAGAAUCUGUGAUGGGUUAUUUAACUUUGAUAAUACUAGCUUUAGUGCAUCUUUUGCAAAACAGAAUUUUCAUUUCUUUAAUGUUGACUAUGUCAUCUUGGCCACAAUUCUGGCCAGGCACUUAGAAUGUUCCCUGAAACUGCGUAAUCAUAGAAGGGUAGACUAUGAAACACAUGUCCCCAUCUACUAUUGUAUUGUUGGACAUGAUGUUAUAUCUGUUGAAUGGGGGGAGCUCGAGAAAGCUAUUUCAAAUGUUCUUCAAGCAGGAAAUCCCCUUUUGAAUAUCCUGGAGAGAAUGCUCCCCAGAGAAGGCUCACGGAUACUUCUAUACUAUGGCUGCCCUUUGACUCCAGUGCUGAGGAGCUUUCUCGUGAGGAAUCGUGCUGAAGAUGAUUUGGAACAAAACCUGAAUGUCACACCAGCCGAGCCCCUCAGGGUUUAUGGAGAUGAUGUGAUCGCGGUCAUUCCUAGAGUACGGCGUAACUUUGAUCAGGAUUUAGAAUGUGGGGCCUUUAUAGUGAGACGAGGCACUGCAUCUGUCCUUCAUGUCUUACCUUACAAUUAGAGACUUAUUCCUCACAUUGAUACCUUCACACCUUUAUAAUAGUGUCAGUGUAGUCAUUGAAUAAUUCAUGGUUAGGGAUGAAAUUAUUGCAGACCAUCCACUCCUACUUGCUUUGGAGAUGAUGGUUCAGACUGUGGAGCUGCAGUCUAUGAAAUAGCUUUGUUGCCUUUACCAGGCUGAAAGUAUAGACAUUAUUUAAUCUCUAGAAUUCUUAAGAAUGCAUAUACUAAUGAGUUAUGGGUAUUGUAAUUUUGUCAAGUGUACUGUUGUACAUGCAUGAUAAUCAUGUUAUUGCAUAUCUCAGCCCUUUGGUGGAUAUACAGCUAUGUUCUAAACACCUGUUGAGGAGGGGAUGAGCUGUUUCUGUGUUACUGUUACAAAUGACACUGCAUGUGAGUCAGUCUCGCUGGAAUAUUCUAGAUGUGAAGACUGGCUCCCUGGCACACCUUGUAAUAAAGGU